CCCAGCAGUGAGAGGCCCGCGUACCGCAAAAAAAAAAAAACCCAAAAAACAAAAACACCUGGGCUCUUUGGAGAAAGGGCUGAUUUCUGGACUGACGGGGGAAAAGUAUAAGAAGAGCCUGGAACAUCUUGUGGUACUGGGAAGUAAGGAGAUAAUGGAAAAGUGAUGAGAGCAUGCCAAAAAGACACAGAUGUUGAACUGAAGGCGUUCCCAAGGACCAAAGCCAAAACAGCAAAAUAAAAUCAUAGUGCUGUAUUAUAACCCAUGGAGUAAAAUAUUCCUAAAUCCCUAAUAAUAUAAAUAAGUAUAUGAGGAAGAGGGGACAGUGGUUCUUUCCAUUUCAAUCCCUAUUAAUGCACUGAAAAAGAAUGAAGGAGAAACAGUCAACAUGGCGGCGGCGGCGGCCGCAGCGGCACCCGGGGUCUCGGGUAUCUUGCAGGCCGGCCGCGCUCGCUUGGUGGCCGCUUGCUGUGCGCGGCUUGGCCCUGGGUGGAGGCUAUCCGGCUCCUGGACGGUCCCGCGGGUCGACCCGGCGACCUGGGCUCGGGGCUGGACACCCACGGUCGGGGGUGCGGCCUGGCGGAGGGGCUACAGCUCUGAGGUGAAGACGGAGGACGAGCUGCGGGUGCGGUAUCUGGAGGAGGAGAACCGAGGAACUGUGGUGCUUGGAAUAAACAGAGCUUAUACCAAAAAUUCAUUGAGUACAAAUCUUAUAAAAAUGCUUUCAAAAGCUGUGGAUGCUUUAAAAUCUGAUAAGAAAGUACGGACCAUCAUAGUAAGAAGUGAAGUCCCAGGGAUAUUCUGUGCUGGUGCUGACCUUAAGGAAAGAGUCAAAAUGAAUUCCAGUGAAGUUGGUCCUUUUGUCUCCAAAAUAAGAGCAGUGAUUAAUGAAAUCGCUAAUCUUCCAGUGCCAACCACUGCAGCAAUAGAUGGACUCGCUUUAGGUGGUGGACUUGAAAUGGCUUUAGCAUGUGAUAUAAGAGUAGCAGCUUCUUCUGCAAAAAUGGGCCUGGCUGAAACAAAGUUGGCAAUUAUUCCUGGUGGAGGGGGCACGCAGUGACUGCCACGUGCCAUUGGGAUGUCCCUGGCCAAAGAGCUCAUCUUCUCUGCAAGUGUGCUCGAUGGCCAAGCAGCCAAAGCAGUGGGCUUGAUCAGCCAUGUUCUGGAACAGAACCAGGAGGGGGAUGCUGCCUAUAGAAAGGCCUUGGACCUAGCAAGAGAGUUUUUACCUCAGGGACCUGUUGCAAUGAGAGUGGCAAAAUUAGCAAUUAAGCAAGGGAUGGAGGUCGAUUUAGUAACAGGAUUAGCCAUAGAAGAAGCUUGUUAUGCUCAGACUAUUCCAACGAAAGACAGACUUGAAGGUCUUCCUGCUUUUAAAGAGAAAAGGACCCCUCGUUAUAAAGGAGAGUAGAAGAAAGAGAAAUCUUUAAAACGCCAGUGUAAUAAAUAUACUUCUGGAAGUAUCUUUCAGAUUCACAUAUGCCUCAGCAUCUGGAAUCCCAGCGACCAAAGUGAAGAGCGAGUUAUCCAUAUACUGAAUUAAGUAUCUGGAGUGGACCCCUAUGUGUACUUGUUCAAAGGUGUAUCGUCAUUUUCAUUCAGAUUUAUAAAGCUAAUAGUGUAUACUGUCAAAAACGCCAAUUCAAAAUUAGGUAUACAUUUUUAAAUACCUCCUGCAUACGAGGCUUUCUGUUCUUAAAUUUUUUAAUGUGAAUAAUUUAUAUAUUGCAUACGCUAGGAAAAAAUAUUGAUUGUAUGUCUCCUGUGCUACAGUAUGAAAAUAAAAUUAUUUCCAUGUACCAAAAAAAAAAAAGAAUGAAGGAAAUUGAAAUUCACCAUAUUUGAAAUAUUUGCCUAAUUGAAAUUGAAAAACACCACAGUAACGAUUGUUGCAGGCAAAAACCAUUGAAAAAUACUAAAACUACAAGAGGAAGGUAGGAUGAGAAACCUGACAUCUGCCUAGUCUCAAAAUUUCAACCCAGAAAACACUUACUAAUCAUAAACAUAGCAACUUUAAAAUCCAGCAGACUCAGUUAACCAAAUAAUCAAAAUUACCAACAUGAGCUCCCACCCCCAACAUAAUGCACCUAGAAGAGCACACUGUUGCUUUGGUGGUGUGCCUUCCUAAAAAUACACCCCCCCAAAAGAUCACACUAAGGGGCGUUCUAUAUAAUAACUAGUAGUCUUCAAAAAGUGUCAAGAUCGGGCUUC